AUGGAUGUUUUCUACCUGUACACCUACAGCUCAAGCGCAUGGCUAGCGUUACAGGGCCUAGCUUUAGUCGCGACUCCGAAAUUGAUCGUAACGCUGCUGAUUGAUGACACUCGACCUCCAUCAGAUAUUGAAGCCUAUUUCUCCCGAGCCUUUGGCUUCGCUCUACUUGCAGUUGCAACACUGACCAUCCUCCUCACUGGAUCAGUACCAUUGACAUCCUCCGUGGGUAAUUUUGAUGCUCCUUCUACACCCACCGAAGGCGAGAAUGUGCGGGCUCCUUACGCCGUGCCCACGCUGCUUGUGACGACUUUGUUUCAAGUCACGCUGGCAUUCUACAAUUAUGCCUGGCACUUAACCAAUGGUCAGACAGCGCUGGGGUUAGGCAUGAUCGGAUCGGCUGCCGUGGCUUCCUUGGGAGUUUGGUGCCUGCUUUUUGCCACGAGUGAAGGACGCGUUAGUCGGAGGACCGGGGCGGAUAAGAGGAUGUCUGGGUUUCCGUUUAGAAAUGCUGAAGCUGAUAAGAGACAUCCUGAAAGGAAGAGGUUGUAG